GCUGCACGCGGGCACUGGAAGUGCGCCUGCGCGUUUGUAUUUGCGCGUGGGCAACGCGGAAGGUCUGUUAUUUGUGUGCCCCGGCUCGGGUGUGAGGUGAAAUUUUCGUUUCUCUCGUCUCCUCUGUGUGUGGUCAAGCAGGAGGGGAACAGACCCAAGAGGAGGCUUGAAGUCAAAGGACAGUGGCCUCGAGGGCUGGCCUGGCCGCCCUGGCUUCCCGCCGGUGCUGCGGGGCGGCGGCCCCUCCUCCGAGAGCUCGGACCCACUGAGCCCGCCGGCCCGGCCUACUCUCCAGCCGCGUUGCUCCCGAUUUCACAAGCCUCCAGAGCAGCCUUUGGGUCCUUCCUCCACAAGGAAAAGAAAUAGCAUCUCCGUCCUUCUCGACUCCCCGGGUCCCGGUGAGCUCUCGGUGGCUUUACUCCGGCCGUGGUUGUCGAUCAUUGAAGUUUGGCUUUCUCGGGAAUUUUUCUGUCUUUAUGAAGAGAAGUCAGAAGGGGAAAGGACUGUGACUGGAUGUCUGACAAAUUAUUUUCAAGUGAUCAAAUUGGGAGAUUUGUCUCAAUACCAGAAGGUCAGCACCUCAGUGGAAUAUUUUGAAUGGGAAAAAAUCCAACGUGGUAGACAUGGUCUUCAUGCUCAGAACCCUGCCAAGCCAGGGGGGAGACAGACAAAAGAAAGAAUGGCUGCAGGAUUUCUGACAACCUGGUCACAGGACUUGGUGACAUUCAAGGAAGUGUCAGUGGAAUUCUCACAGGAGGAGUGGGCCCUGCUGGCCCCCACUCAGAAAGUCCUGUACAGAGAUGUAAUGUUGGAGAACUUUAGGAACCUGGCCUUAGUGGGGUAUCAUCUCUGCAAACACAGUCCAAUCACUGAGGUGGCACAGGAAGAGCUGAGGCCAGAGGAGAGAGGAAUUCUCCAAAAUGCUUGUACAGAUGGGGUUACUCAGCUUGAAUCAAAAGAUGUAAUUCUCAUGCAGAAUGUUCCUGGAAAAAAAACUGCCAAUGGCAUAAAAAUGGUGAGAUUCACUAGAAAUGAUUCCUGUUUUUUAAGACUGGGAGAUCUCUGUGAAUUUCAAGGAAUUAAAACAGCAGCAGCACCCAAGCAAGAGGAGACACUUCAGGCACCAACCCACCCUGGUGAGAACCCAUUGGAAUGUAAUCACUGUAGAAAAUUCUUCAGAAAGAAUUAUCACCUUAUUCGUACAAGAUAUUGCAAGGGCGAGAAAUGCUACAAAUAUAAAGAAUAUGGGAAAGACUUCGGCUAUCCCUCAGCUCUUAGGAGUCAUUUGAGUACUCACAUUGGAGAGAAAAUUCUUAAAUUCCGUGAUUGUGGAAAAACUUUUAAUCAGUCAUCCCUUAGGAAACACUGCAGAACUCUCACAAGAGAAAAAUCUGAGUGUAAUCAACAUCUUAUGUCCUUCAAAUUACACUCUUCCUUCUCAGUACAUGAACAAAUACCUGCUGAAGAGAAACUCCAUGAAUGCAGUGACUGUGGAAAAAGAUCUUCCCAUAGUGUCCACAAAAAAAUGUGUACUGUGAAAGAAAGCUCAAAAUGUAAUGGACAUGGGAAAGUUUUCCCUGGCCCCUUGUCCCUUCAGAUAUGUAUGAGACCUCACACUGGAGAGAAAGCUUAUGAAUGUAGGGACUAUGGGAAAGCCUUUGUUUUUCAAUCUUCCCUUAAGAAACACGUAAGAUCACACACUGGAGAGAAACCUUAUGAGUGUAAUCACUGCAGAAAAUCCUUCAGCCAGAGCUCUCAUCUUAACGUUCACAAAAGAAUUCACACUGGAGAGAAACCUGACUGUAAGGAAUGUGGCAAGGCUUUUACUGUUCUUUCAUCCCUUCAGAAACAUAUGAGAACCCAUACUGGAGAGAAACCCUAUGAAUGCAGUGACUGUGGGAAAGCCUUUAUUGAUCAGUCAUCCCUUAAGAAACAUACCCGAUCUCACACUGGAGAGAAACCUUAUGAGUGUAAUCACUGUGGAAAUUCCUUCAGCACAAGCUCUUAUCUCACUGUGCACAAGAGAGCUCACACUGGAGAGAAAACCUAUGCAUGUAAAGAAUGUGGGAAGGCCUUUAGGAAUUCCUCUUGCCUAAGAGUGCAUAUGAGAACUCAAGGGGAGAAGCCUUAUAAAUGUAUCCAGUGUGGAAAAGCAUUCAGCACUAGCACUAACCUUAUCAUGCACAAGCGAAUACACACUGGACAGAAACUCUGUGAAUGAAAUGACUACAAGCUAGCCUUAAGGGCCCCUUCCCACCUCCGUCAUUUUCGAAUACACUCUGGAGAGAAACCAUAUUAUGACCAAUUUAGAAAGCCAUCAGGUACAACUCUUGAGUUACAUUAUAGUGGGACAAACGUUGUAAAUGUUAUGGUUCUGUGAUUAUAUUUAUCAGUAUUUAAAGUGUGAUGACUCACUAGCUGAUGAGUAUUAAAGAUUAUAUAGCACUCUAAAUUCCCCUUUAUCAGAAAAAAAAAAAUUUACCACAUUUUAAAAAUAAAUAAAUAAAUAAGUUCCCCUUUAUCUACAUCACAAAGGUUUUGUUGGGGUUUUUUUUUUAGUAUUUAUUUAUGUAUUUAUUUGGCUACAACAAGUCUUAAUUGCGACAUGUAGGAUCCUCAGUCUUCACUGUGGCAUACAAGAUCUUUAGUCACAACAUACAGGAUCUAGUUCCCUGACCAGGAAUUGAACCUAGGUAGGCCCUCUGCAUCGGAAGUGUGGAGUCUUAGCCACAGGACCACAAGGGAAGUCACUCACUAAAGUUUAGGUGUGUAAUGUUUUUAUUAUAAGUAAGUACUAAGUAUUGUGCACUUCUCAUCAAGAUAUCUUGGACUGAACUAUAGCUUAUUUAGAAAUACAUAUUUUAAUGUGCAGACUGGGCAUAUUUUAGUUAUCUUUCAGUUAUAGAUUUCUAAUUGAAUUGCAUUUUCCACAGGAUGCCUGAUCUUCAUGACAUAGAUUCAAUAGCAUAUGAACAAAAUUAUUAGAGACUUGCUAUGUGGCCUAAUGUGUGAGAUACAAGAAGUUCCUGUCCCAACAUCCAUUUCUACCUUGCUUCCUCUAAGUAACAGAACUACAGUUGUGUUAAAUUAGCAGUGUAGAUAAUUUCUGAGGACUCAUCUCCCAGCUUUCCUUGCUGCUGUGAGUGCCCAUGAGCUCACAGUCUUGGUCUGUGAGAAAGAAGCAAGAGGUCACUGCUUGUGGAUUCUAAAGAAUUCCAUAGAAAUGGGAGCAUGGCAUCUGGCAUUUUCACUUUACCAUCUGCCCUAGGGUUUAUCUCUUUUUUCUUAGAGAAUAGACCAAUAAGAUGACAUUCAUAGACUACUGAUUAUAUAAUAGACACGUAAGGUAUUUUUUGGCUGUAUAUAAGCAACUAUGAGUUGCUUGUUUCUAAACUUUAUGUAACAUGAGAAAAAUAAAUUCCUAACUGGUU